AUGGCGCUGCUCUGGGGGCUCCUGGCGCUCAGCCUCUCCUGCCUGCCAAGCCCGUGCUCAGCGCAGUUCUCUCCUGUGAGCGCCAUGGAGCCCUUGGGUCUGCAGCUAAUGAGCGGGCAGGCCCAGGAGAAGCUGCCCCCACUUUCCCUCCUCAAGCUGGGCAACCAGGAGCCAGGUGGCCAGAUUGCCCCGAAGAAGGUCCCAGGAGACUGCAAGUCGUCCCCAACCCCGGAGCAGACACGCAGGCUGGCCCGGGCCAUGAUGACCUUCACCACAGACCUCUUCUCCCUGGUGGCCCAAAGCUCAACCAGGCCCAACCUCAUCCUGUCACCUCUGAGUGUGGCCCUGGCACUGUCUCACCUGGCACUAGGUGCUCAGAACCAAACGCUGCAAAGGCUGAAACAGGUGCUGCACGCAGACUCAGGGCCCUGCCUCCCUCACCUGCUCAGCCGCCUCUGCCAGGACCUGGGGCCUGGGGCUUUCCGGUUGGCUGCCAGAAUGUACCUGCAGAAAGGAUUUCCCAUCAAAGAGGACUUCCUGGAACAAUCAGAACAGCUCUUUGGUGCAAAGCCCAUGAGCCUGACAGGAAGGAAGGGGGAGGACCUGGCAAACAUCAACCAAUGGGUGAAGGAGGCCACCGAGGGGAAGAUAGAGGAUUUCCUCUCAGAUCUGCCAGAUGACACAGUGUUGCUUCUCCUCAAUGCCAUCCACUUCCAGGGCUUCUGGAGGAACAAGUUUGACCCGAACCUCACACAGAGAGACAAUUUCCACCUGGAUGAGCAGUUCACGGUGCCGGUGGACAUGAUGCAAGCCCUCACGUAUCCGCUGCACUGGUUCCUGCUGGAGCAGCCUGAGAUCCAGGUGGCUCAUUUCCCCUUUAAGAACAACAUGAGCUUUGUGGUCCUGAUGCCCACCCGCUUUGAGUGGAACGUGUCCCAGGUGCUGGCCAACCUGACCUGGGACAUUUUGCACCAGCCCUUGCUGCGGGAGAGGCCCACCAAGGUCCAGCUGCCUAAGCUGCAUCUCAAAUACCAACUGGACCUGGUGGCCACCCUCAGCCAGCUGGGCCUGCAGGAGUUAUUCCAGGCCCCGGACCUGCGUGGGAUCUCCGAUGAGAGGCUGGUGGUGUCCAGCGUGCAGCAUCAGUCGGCGCUAGAGCUCAGCGAGGCCGGUGUGGAGGCGGCCGCGGCAACCAGCACGGCCAUGUCCCGCAUGUCCCUGUCGUCCUUCGUCGUGAACCGCCCCUUCCUCUUCUUCAUCCUUGAGGAUAGCACCAGCCUGCCCCUCUUCGUGGGCAGCGUGAGGAACCCCAACCCUGGCGCGCAGCCGGAGCGCAAGGAGCAGCAGGACUCCCCCAGCAGGGACUCCUUCCAGGACCACAAAGGCCGCCCCCGCGGAGACAAGCCUUUCGACCCAGACUUGAAACUUGGGCCCCCCUCAGAGGAGGAUUACCCUCAGCCUAGCAGCCCCAAGUGA